CCAAAAAGAAAACAGAAGAAGAAGAAGUAGCCUGAUCAUGCGAACAUCUCCAGAAUGGGUACCCAAGUGAAAGAUGUCAUCAUUAAGCCUGACGCCCCCAGCUCUCUGCUGCUGGACAAACAUGCAGACUACAUCGCGGCCUACGGCUCCAAAAAGGAUGACUAUGAGUACACACUGUCAGAGUACCUGCGGAUGAGCGGCAUCUACUGGGGGCUGACGGUGAUGGACCUGAUGGCGCAGCUGCCCCGGAUGAACCGGCCGGAGAUCGUAGACUUCAUCAAAUCCUGUCAGCACGAGUGUGGAGGCCUCAGCGCCAGCAUCGGACACGACCCCCACCUGCUCUACACCCUCAGCGCCGUGCAGAUCCUGUGCUUGUAUGACAGUGUGGAUGCUCUCGAUGUGGACAAAGUGGUGGAGUACAUCAAAGGGCUGCAGCAGGAAGACGGAUCCUUUGCAGGAGACAAAUGGGGAGAAAUAGACACCAGAUUUUCCUUCUGUGCUGUUGCGACACUUGCGUUACUGGGCAAGAUGGACAAAAUAAAUGUUGACAAAGCUGUGGAGUUCAUCCUGUCCUGUAUGAACUUUGACGGGGGUUUUGGCUGCAGACCGGGUUCAGAGUCUCACGCUGGUCAGAUCUACUGCUGCGCCGGCUUCCUGUCGCUCACCGGCCAGCUGCACCAGGUGAACGCUGACCUGCUGGGCUGGUGGCUCUGCGAGAGGCAGCUGCCGUCCGGAGGCCUGAACGGACGCCCGGAGAAGCUUCCGGAUGUGUGCUACUCGUGGUGGGUUUUAGCAUCUCUUAAAAUCAUUGGUAGGAUCCACUGGAUCGACAAGGCCAAGCUGCGAUCGUUUAUUCUGGCCUGUCAGGACGAGGAGACCGGAGGCUUUGCCGACAGACCGGGAGACAUGGUGGAUCCUUUCCACACUCUGUUUGGAAUCGCAGGUCUCUCUCUUCUCGGGGACGAGCAGAUAAAGCCGGUGAAUCCGGUUCUGUGCAUGCCGGAGGACGUCCUGCAGAGGGUCCGCCUGCAGCCCGACAUCCUCAGCUAGCCCACGACACCAUCACAACAACACACACACGCACACACUCACACACAUACACACACACACACACACACACACACACACACACACACAC